AUGUAAGCUAAUGUCACAGAGGAAGAAGAUUAUGAUGAACCAUCUCCAAAGGCAAAUUAGUUAAAGCAUUGUCCUCUGCGAAAGAGAUCAAGUUCACUUGAAUUUACAAAGGAUACUUCAAAACUAUUGGAUGUUUAAAAUGAAAAAGUAGGGAUAUUCAAAAGGAUGUAAAGAACUUUUUAAAAGUAUGACAAAUCAAUAUUGAUGGUGCUCUGUCUAGCAUAUUUUGUACAAGGUUUCAAAAUAUUUUUACUUCUCUCAAUCAAAGACCUUUUUAAAGACUAUUUAAAGCUGGAUCCUACCUAGAGUCAAACAUUGAACUCAAUUAUCAACAUACCCUGGAGCUUCAAAAUAUUUUAUGGACUUAUUGCUGAUAAUGUUCCAAUACUAGGCUCUAGAAGAAGAUCAUAUCUUGUUUUAAAUGGACUUCUAUAUUUCAUCUCUCUUGUAAUACUUUCUCUGAAUUUAAUCUCGGAUUAUUUCUUGAUUACUCUGCUUUUAACUAUUACAUCAUUAAAUGGAGCAUUCACAGACGUAGUUGUUGAUGCUCUAAUGGUAGCUUAGUCAAGAUCAGAUAAGGAUAAUGGCUCUGAAGAUCUGCAAUCUUUAUCAUGGAGCAUGCUAUCAAUAGGUGGUAUUUGCGGUUCUAUUGCUUCUGCAUAUUUUACAGAAUAUUUACAUCCUUAUUAAACUUUCGGAACACUCUCAGUUGUUGGUCUAAUUCAGGCUUAUUUUGGAUGGAGAAUAAAUAAAGAACUUGAAAAAUCAACUAUUUAAAUAGAGUAAACCACAUUUACAGAGUAACUCAAGUCUAAUCUAUAGUAACUAAAGAUUGCGAUAAAGAUGCCUUUAAUUCAAAGAACAGUAGCUUAUCUUCUCAUCUGUGGGUUUUUCAUACCAUCAUUCUCAGAGUUUGGCUAUUAUUUUCAACUCAACAUCGUUCAAUUUUCUAAGCAAACUUACAGCUUUUUACAGAUAUUCGGAUUUGUAUCUUUAUUAGUGGCUGUUUUUAUCUACUCUAGAUAUUUUAGAGACAAGGAAAUAUCUAAAUUAAUCUUAUAUGCUCAAUACAUCCACAUUUUUGGAGGAACAGUCUCUUUGCUUUAUGUUCUAAGGGUUAAUGUCUAUUAUGGUAUUAGUGAUAUAACUGUGAUUAUUUUUUCAAGUUUAGUCACUGAUACAAUCGGCCUUGCCUUUACACUCCUGCCCUAACUAGUACUAUUUGCCAAAAUAACACCCUAGAACAUAGAGGCUACUGUUUUUGCGAUUUUGACUGGCAUGAAUAAUCUAUGCGCAGGAGUCUUAAGUCCUAUGGUUGGUGUUUUUGUGAAUAAAGCUUUUGUGGGAGUGAGUAUUGAUAAUUUAGAAAAAUAUUGGGUGUUAGUAACAAUAUCACUCUGCUGCACUCUAAUUCCAAUUUUGAUUAAUGGAUUACUUCCCAGAAAGAAAGAGAUUGAAGAAUUGCAAGCACUCUUUGAAAAAGAUUCAAGAAGGUAAGAUCAUAAUGCGAGCGUUUAGAUAGAUGAUGCUGCUAACAUUGAAUUAGUCAAUCUCAAACCUUAUAGCAAUAAUUAGUGA